GAGUGGCUAAUCACCGGCUCACCGUCUUGGCCCAAAACCAAAGGAUCACCCUCUCCAUCGUUCGCUCGCUCUGUGCUCUGCGAUUCCAUGGAGUCGACGUCUUCUCCAUCUUCUUCUUCUCCUUCUCGAAAACGGGCUUUCAGUCCUUCCCAUCGCCGCCGCGAGAAAUUCCUCUCCCGGGCUAUCCCACCUCCGGUCCGAGGCCAGUCCUGCCCGAUAUGUCUCGAGACCAUCGAGGACGGGCGGCGCGGGGCGGCGGCCGUCCUCCCCACCUGCCUGCACGCCUACUGCCUGGACUGCAUCCGCAGGUGGAGCAGGCUGAGGCGGAGGUGCCCUCUCUGCAACGCCGGCUUCGGCUCUUGGUUUCGCCACACCGGCCUCCGGCGCAAGGGAUUUCUCGAGGAGCGGUUGCCGCCGGCCGACGGGGACGGCGAGGCACGCCGGCGAGCUGGUUCGGCCCCCCUCGUUCGCCGAAGAACUAUCCGAAUAUCAAGAGAUGAGUUGAAUGGUUCUACCCAGCAGACCAGGCCAGAUCCAUGGCGAAGAUCAUUUGGGAGGCCAGGCUCUGUUCCUGCUGAUGUUGUAGCUGCCAGAAAACUACAAUGGCGUGCCAGCAUAUACAACCGACUCUUGCAGGCUGUUCCUUCUUCCAGGAACUCUCAGGGCUUGCCAAGAGGUAGUGGUUGGAAGGAAAGGAUACUACGGAGAAUAGAACCAUGGACUCGGAGGGAGUUAGAGGCCAUCCUCGGGGACCCAGAUCCUUCUGUUAUAGUUCAUGUAGUGACCUCAGUGUUUAUUUCAACCUUUGAGAAGAAACAAAAUGUCCCACAUGGACAGCUGGGUGAAGAUGUGGUUGCUUCUCUAUGGCCUUUUCUACAUGAUCGAACCCACAUGUUCUGGCAUGAAUUAAGGUUUGUAAUUACAUCCUAAGUUUCCUGGAAGGUGCUUCCUUCUGGUCAUUCGGGGUCCUAUGCUGUUUGCAAAAAGAUGUUUUGCUGAGAGUUCGCUUUCUUUGGAAACAUAUGAUGCAGUCGUUGAGUACAGGAAGUUGCAAUAGCUGUCAAAGAUGGAUAUUGUUUCUGCCCAGUUUGAGGAGGGUAUUAUGUGGGAGGUGCAUAAGCAUUAAGAGGAUGCUGAUUAGAGGAAAUCUGCAGAUCUUAAACAGCUUCACCUGCGAGUCUGCUUAAUAUAAAUGAACAGUGAUGUGGCAUGAAUCUCAAAAUGAUGAAAUGGAUGAUUGAGACGAAGUGUUAACGCUGACAGCAGAUUUUCUCCUGUCUAAGAUGGUGAUUUGCAGUAUCAUCUACAAAUUGACCCUGGAAUUUUUUACCAAUCCAAAUCUGGCAAAGCUACCCAUACGAAAGCUCCAAAAUCUUCUCGUUGGAACUAUUGGCAUUGCCAUUCAGAUCUGCCUUCAUGAACUGCAGCUUUCUGAGUCAGGUGUAUACGGCACACCAUCUCGUGAACAUGCACCCCCCACCAUUUUUGUACUCUUGUUUCAUGCACGUGAGGAAAAGAAAGGAGGAUCUGCUUAUGUCAGUACAUUUGGUUAAUUCUCUUCCUCUACUGCAAAGCUGGUGUGUCCGUGCAGGCUCAAAUAUGGGAAAUUCUAGUCACAGCAUGUCCCAUCUUGAUUUUUUGAUGUUGCUACAUAAGUUAAGUUUGUCCUCCAAAUGAAUAGAUUCUUAACGUGCUGCGACAUAAUCGCAACAUAAUUUUAGGGUGUGUUUGGUUGGACUUUUAGGGAAAGUUUUUGGGAAAAUUCAAAGGGUUUAAGUUGAAGGGAUUUUUCAAAAUGCAAAUUAUGUUUGUUAAAUUGUAAUCUAAAAGUCUACUGUGAAAUAUUUUGAGCAAAA